AUUUUAUGAAGUGUUUAAUUAGAUAAAUAAGUUUAGGAGUUAUGUUUAGGGUGUGGACGACUUAUAUUUCAGUCGUCUGUUGAAUAAUUUACACGGACGACGUAUAUUUCAGUCGUCCACAUCGUACCGAACCUUUAAUUUUACCAAUGUACGUUUUAACCUAACCGGAUCAUUUACCGGAUAUAUAAAAGCUAUUUUUUCACUAUUUCACAACUUUACGAAACCCUAGCGCCGUUUCUCUCCAACGGCGAUUUCGAAGGCGAUAAGACGAAAACCCUACCGUGGUCGUGUUCCGCCGUUAUCUUCGCCGGUAAUCUCUCCGAUUACGACGAAUCUCGUUUCUCCUUCAUGCCGUAGAGUAUUUUCGUAGUUUAAACUGACCGUCCGCUUCUUUUUUUCAGAUCUGAAAUCUCGUUUGCCAAACUCCGCCGCUGGUAUGUUAUUUCUCAUGUAUUAAGGCGUUUAGCCGCCAGAAAAAACCCUAAAUAUUUUAGUAUUGAUUCUUCUUUUCCCUUCGAUUUGCAGAUCUGUAACGGCUUGGGGCCACAUCUUCUCCGACCAUAUCUUCUCGGACAAUAUAUUCUCCAACUGUAAGUCAUUCGUCUUUUGUUUAAAAGAUUUUGAGAUUGUUGUAGUCUUUUGCUGAAAGAUUACUCAGGCGACUUCCAGGAAGUGAGAAGACUACUCAGACGACUUCCAGGAAGUGAGAAGACUACUUGGACGACUUCCUGGAAGUCGUCCAAGUAGUCUUCUCACUUCCUGGAAGUCGUCUGAGUAGUCUUCUCACUUCCUGGAAGUCGUCUGCAAGUCUUCUAUAGCAUUUAGCAUAGUGCGCAACCUAUGUGUUUGAGAUGGUUGUUUGAGAUGGUUGUUUGUGAUUAUUUGCAGGCCUUAAAAUGGAUUUACCAGAAUUCCUGCCGAGGAUGUUUACAUUAGGAGAAGAGCCUGAUGCAAUCAGGAGCAUUUCGUAUCAUUCUGAUGACACGAAGUUGUUUAAAGCUCUAUGUGAUUGUCUCACAGCUGACGAAUAUGAGGAUCUGAAGGCGUCGAAGUUAGGAGUGUUCAUCAAAUUCAAGGAGCUUGACUUUGGUUGGACUUCAAGGCUGGUACAUUUUAUGCUCUCUUUCCAGCUAGACAUCAAGAAGAAGUUUGAGCUCUGGAGUCUUGUCGUUUCACAACCUGUGAGGUUUUCACUGAUAGAGUUUGAACACCUCACUGGGCUGAACUGCGAUUACAUCAAGGACCUGGAAAAUCCAAGGUGUGAGGUUACGACGGAGAUGGCUACUUUCUGGGAGAAGAUGCGUGUUGAUAUCGAUACUGGGCCAAGUAUUGAACAGAUAACAGAAGCAUUUUACAACUGCGACGAGUGGUCUCGGGAUGAUCGCAUGCGGCUGAGAUACCUUGCCAUCUACGCAGGGUACAUCGAAGGGAAAAAGUUCUCAUCCGCUACAUCAGCUAGUCUUGCAAGGCUAGUGAUGGAUUUAGAAAAAUUUGAGAAUUAUCCAUGGGGGAGAGUGGCGUUUAAGGUGCUGAUGGAUUCUCUGAAGGCAAAAGACUUGACGCAAACUGGUUACACUGUUGAUGGGUUCAUACAAGUGCUCCAAGUGUGGGCGUACUAUGCUCUGCCAGAAUUGAGUGCUAAUUAUGGGUCUCCCAUACCAAACAGACCGUCUCCACUGUUGCUGGCUUACAAGGGUGGCAAAAGACAACGCAAUUUUUUUAAGGCUGCUAUCAAUAAACAGACUAUCGUGAAGAACUUCGUUCAGAAGGCUUUUGAUGAAAUGUUUCCAAAAUGGGACGGAGACGUAGAUGACCCUGCCGCGGAUAACAUAAUUAAAGUCAUGUUUAAUGAUCCUGGAUGGGAGUGGACCAUGGAAUGCUGGCCAGUCACCGGUACUCGCAAGGUUGUGAAGAUGGAAGUGAGUCCAGUGAAGAAUGAAGUGAGUCCCGUGAAGUCAGAGAGUGUUGUGAAGGAAGAAAGUAGCAAACCUCGGAAGAAAGCUCGUAAAAGGUCUUCUGUUUCUGCUGAGACACCUGCGGCGGGUAGUGAAGGGAUGACGCAUCAGCAGAUUGAAAAGUCCUUGAAGGACAUAUCUGAUGCCAUUAAUCUUGGCUUUGGGACGUGCUUUAAGGAGCUCAAGUUACUGGCGGAUAGGAUGGUAGCUGUGGAGAAGAAGGUGGGAAUCACCAACAUAGGGGGUUCAUCUGAUGAUCGUCAACUUACAACCACUUCAAAUCCACCAAAACCUGUUGAAGAACCCAGGGUUAGUACCAAAACCUCUCCCAAAAUUGCAGAGAAGAGAGUCACUAGGCAAAGUGUUAGGAAGAGUCAGGACUGAUGUGCUUUGUUUCUUGUGUGCUUUGAUGAACAUGUGUGCUUUGUUUUUAGUGCGCUUUGAUGAACAUGAACCACUGUAUGCCUUGAUUCUGAACAUGUAUGCUUUGUUUAUAGUGUGAAUUUGAUCUUUGCUGUAAGGGCUUUUGUUAAUAGUUUUUAAACACACUGUGAACUCGAAAUUGCAGAGUGAAAGUGUGAAUGGGGCGAAAGCAGGACAGAAGGAAGCCAAAGAACCGAGUCUUACUACAGAACCGAGUUCCUCGAGAGAGCUCUGUCUUGUGAGUCCUGCAGACAACUUACCGAGUGAUGAUCCUAGCCUUCUUAUAUUGGACAAACAAGUUUCCACCGCUUCAGAUUUACUCGUUGAAGAAGCUAUAAGGCAGACAAAGAAGGAGACUACUUUGGUGAAUCUCCGUAAAAAAAGUGUGCGAGAAAGGAAGCUUGCUCCCACACAGCAAACUCCUUUUAAGGGAAACAGCACUGCCAAACAGAUCAUUCCAAACAAACAGGUUGGCGGAGGCUAUGAUCCUUUUGCACCCUAUGACAAGAUGAAGUCGAAGGAGCUCACUGCAUGGGUGCAAAAAGAUCCGUAAGUUGCUGUUAAAAAUAUGCUUAUUUAUAUUUGAUUAAAAAAAGCUUCCAUUUGAUUAUUUACAUUUUGUGUUUGCAGUUCUCAUAAACUGCCUCUGAAAAAAAAAACCACGUAGAUGUCCAAGUCGAUUUUAUCAGGUCUUCCGAACCCCCUUAGAAUGGCUGACCGACCAUGUAAGUCUUCUGCUAUUUUCUUACUCUUAUAUAAGUCGUCUGUGAGUCGUCUGUGAGUCGUCUGUGAGUCGUCUAUAAGUCGUCUGGUAGUUAUCUUACGUAAGUCGUCUGUAACUCGUCUCUAAGUCUUCUCUAAGUCGUCUCUAAGUCGUCUGUAAGUCGUCUGGUAGUUAUCUUACGUAAGUCGUCUGUAACUCGUCUCUAAGUCUUCUCUAAGUCGUCUCUAAGUCGUCUGUAAGUCGUCUGGUAGUUAUCUUACGUAAGUCGUCUCUAAGUCUUCUCUAAGUCUUCUCUAAGUCGUCUCUAAGUCGUCUCUAAGUCGUAUGUAAGUCGUCUGUAAGUCGUCUGGUAGUUAUCUUACGUAAGUCAUCUCUAAGUCGUCUCUAAGUCGUCUGUAAGUCGUUUGUAAGUCGUCUGGUAGUUUUUUGACUUGUAUUGUUUUAUAUGCAGCAAAUGGAUGCUUUUAUUAAUCUACUGAGGCAACAGUACCAAAACCAUCCAGAACAUUUCAGGAGCGUCAGAAUGUGCUUUCUUGAUCAUGUAUUUUCUCGGCAGUGGAGGGCCUCCUACCCUGAUUUUAAGAGCG